AUGCAGACCGCAUCCAGCACCGCAUCUACUAUCCAUCGGGAACUCAUGAAGAGGCAGACCAGUGUGAACCAUUUUUUCUUUGGCAAGAAGGUCCUUGGCGUCUCGUUUGAAAAGCCCACCGAAGACGAUGAGGAUGUCGCGCAGCAGCCUGAGUGGAAGAUGAGUGGAGGGUUGGGUUUUGGGAAAGCCGAUGACAUGCCCUCGCUGAGCGACUCUUCCACGGCAUCGUCGACCAGCAACCGUCGAAGCUCUGCCGUGAGGACCAGCGCACUGCGCCGAAGCAGCUGCACCCGAUCCGUCACCAGCCACAGCCAGGCGUUGGACAUGGUCGAUGCGGAUAUCUGUUCGGACCAUGUCUUGGUGAAUGCGGAACGCGAGCGACUAAGCGCUUGCUUGCGACCCUUGAAACGAAGCGAGGACUUGGAUGAAUUGGCAAGGGAACAUGCCGAAGCCAUGGCCAAGGAACUCGAAACCUUUCACAGCGAAGCUUCCGAUACAGUCUCCAAGCUCAAAGAGACGUCCUUCGAAGUCCUGGGUGAGAACGUUGCCAGGGGUGACUCCAUUGAGUACAUUCAUAUGAAGAUGGCAAACCGUAAGCCCGAUUUUGCCAACAUGAUGAAUUUUAGAUUCACAGAGAUGGGAAUGGGCACCGCCUGUGGGUCGGAUGGAAAGAUUUACCUCUGCCAAUUGUACCGAGGAUAA